UAAGAUUUUGCCCAAGCAGGGCGAGGAUCGGGAAACGCAAUAUUCAGGCUGAAGCUAGAGAGAGCCUGCGUUAGGCCAAGGCCAAAAGUUAAUAUCUUCUGGGUCAAUGGCGACGAGCGCCCAGAAUGCUCCAGGAGCUGAAUCAGGGUGACUGGCGAGCAAGAGCCAACGGACAGCGUGGUGACAGAAGGACCUGCAUGAAGAUUCUGCAGUGCGAUUCUUCGUAAAAAAGCUUUCCAAGAUUUCCCUACUACGUCUGGAGUCCUUGCCCAUCUGGUCCAAGGGUCGGACCCAUGUUAGUAAUGUCCUUCUGGGCUGCAGCUCCAGGGGCGACGCCCACUGGUUCAACUCAAAAUUCUAGGGGCAGUACCAGCGAGGGGUCUCCCGACUGACCCCUAUUGAGAUCUUAAGAGACGUACACGCACCCUCUUCUCGGACUGCCGACGCCUGCAAAACUAGCGGCAGGAACCCAGAUCCAGUCUGAGUCAUUGGAACUCUCCGCAGUCCAGGGUUGUCAAGCUCCGAGACAAGAAAAACUACACUCCCCACAACCCUUUGCGCCUUCGGCUUGCUGCGGUAGCUUAUGGCCAAUCGGGACAGGCAGCUGUGGCGGGGGCCGAGGAGGGACAUUUUAAAAGGGCCGGAGAUUGCAGGCGUCAGUGGCCAUGGCGGAUACAGCGACUACAGCAUCGGCGGCGGCGGCUAGUGCCGCUAACGCCUCGACCGAUGCACCGCCCUUCCAGCUGGGCAAACCCCGCUUCCAGCAGACAUCCUUCUCUGGUCGCUUCAGGCACUUCUUGGACAUCAUCGACCCUCGCACACUCUUUGUCACUGAGAGACGUCUCAGAGAGGCUGUGCAACUGCUGGAAGACUAUAAGCAGGGGACCCUGCGCCCGGGGGUUACCAAUGAGCAGCUCUGGAGCGCACAGAAAAUCAAACAGGCUAUUCUACAUCCGGACACCAAUGAGAAGAUCUUCAUGCCUUUUAGAAUGUCAGGUUACAUUCCUUUUGGGACGCCGAUUGUUGUUGGUCUUCUCUUGCCCAAUCAGACAUUGGCAUCCACUGUCUUCUGGCAGUGGCUGAACCAGAGCCACAACGCCUGUGUCAACUAUGCAAACCGCAACGCUACCAAGCCUUCACCUGCAUCCAAGUUCAUCCAGGGCUACCUGGGAGCCGUCAUCAGUGCCGUCUCCAUUGCUGUGGGCCUUAAUGUCCUGGUUCAGAAAGCCAACAAGUUCACCCCGGCCACCCGCCUUCUCGUCCAGAGAUUUGUGCCAUUCCCUGCCGUAGCCAGCGCCAAUAUCUGCAAUGUGGUUCUGAUGCGAUACGGGGAGCUGGAGGAGGGAAUUGACGUCUUGGACGGUGAUGGCAACCUCGUGGGCUCCUCCAAGAUUGCUGCCAGACAUGCCCUGCUGGAGACAGCGCUGACACGAGUGGUCCUCCCCAUGCCCAUCCUGGUGCUACCCCCGAUCGUCAUGUCCAUGCUGGAGAAGACAGCUCUCCUGCAGGCGCGUCCCCGGCUGCUCCUCCCUGUGCAAAGCCUUGUGUGCCUGGCAGCCUUCGGCCUGGCCCUGCCGCUGGCCAUCAGCCUCUUCCCUCAGAUGUCAGAGGCGGCAGGAGAGGAGCAAAAGGUUAAUGAGACACUGUGCGGCGGGAUUACCGCGACGGCGAGCGGCGGGCGGGCGAGCCAGCCGUGGUGACAGGGAACUAAUUAGGAGCAGUUUAACAGGAGGAAAAAGUGAGAUCUCCUCUUCACCAACUGUCAAUAAUUAGCUGGUUUGGUGAGGUUGAAAUGUGUCCACAGGAAAAGGUGGGGCUUUUCUGUGGACGAGUCAGGCUCGGGGCUCCAGGGGCCCCUGGGGGCUCUGUCCUGUCCCUAGGUGGGGUUCAGGCUGGGGGCUGCCCCACGUGCCCCGGGUAUGCCCUCCUCGCCUCUGCCUGGCAUCCCCCCACCUCAACUCUCUGUGUGAGUUUGGGCUUCACCCCAAGACCUCCGUUUCCUUUGCCACAAGAUGAGGGGUUGGAAGUAAGCUUUCUCCUGGUUCUGUCCAUUAGGAUUCUGGAAGUGAACCCAUGAAACUGGGCCCUGGUACUGGAGCCAGGAGAGCUGAUGGCGGGCUGUAGGACCUUAAGUCAGAUGCUAACUGUAGGGUGCUUCUCUGGUAGUGUGGGUGCACCACCCUCCGGGGCCAGGCAUGGCUUGUGAACGGUGCUGAGUGGCAAAUGGGCAGAACCUUCCUUGGAACAUGCCUUGGGGGCCCUGGACCCUGACUCAGCUCCUCAGCCCUCCCUGCAGCAAUAGGGGUGGGAGCACAGGAAAGAGUGGCUGGACUGCCUCUGUAGGGCCCGGGGCUCCCCGAGUGUGUACAUGUCUCUGUCUCUCCCCUGCACCAGCUUCGCAGGGUCUGUGUGGGGCGAGGAGUCUGGUUCACUAGCAGCGAGGGUUGCAUGUCUCUGUCUCUCCCCUGCACCAGCUUCGCAGGGUCUGUGUGGGGCCAGGAGUCUGGUUCACCAGCAGCGAGGGCUGUUGCCCUGUGAUUGCUGACUGUGGAUUGUUGGUUUGUUGGUCCCUGACACCUCAGCAGGGAAACCCCCUCUGCCCCUCCAGGCUCUGCCAAACACCUUGACAGGAAGAAAAGACAUCAUCUGAGCCCCCAGGGCUUCCUGCUCAGAGCUCCCCCAUCAGCCCUGCUAACCCCCAACCUCUCCCUCUCAGCCGAGCCCUUCCUUAACUCAGCCCUGGAGGGCCCAGGGCACCAGAAGCUCAGGCCCUCCCAUGUCCUCACUCUAGUCACCCUGGUCUCAGAGAUUGGCUUUUAGAGGUCACGUGCAUGCUCUAGAUGAGGUGUUUGAAGGUCAAGCUUAGCCAUGCCCCUGUUCACUCCCCUACUCCUCCCAGGUCCCCCUCCCAGCUUCCAUAGUUAAGAAACAAAGAGGCACACCAUCCCUGUAUGGGAAAAAAAUGUGGGUACCCCCAGUGGGUACCAGAGCUUCUACCAUCUCUCUCCUCAUCACUAGCCCCCAAGUAAAUGAUAGCAACCAGCUUGGCUGGAAGCUGUGACCUGCCAGAAACAAAUGUCUCUCCUAGCUUGCCUCUUUUUCUCUGAGAAAGCCUUUGAAUUCCCAACCAAGAAUGGGGAAGAGUUGGGAAUGAGCUCAGGUUCAUACUCAGGUCUUCCCAGGUGGCACUAAUGGUAAAGGACCGGCCUGCCAGUGCAGGAGACGUAAGAGACAUGGGUUCGAUCCCUGGGUCAGGAAGAUCCCUUGGAGGAGGGCAUGGCAACCCACUGCAGUAUCCUUGCCUGGAGAAUCCCAUGGACAGAGGGGCCUAGUGGGCUACAGUCCAUAGGGUCGCAAAGAGUCAGACACGACCGAACUUAGCACGCAAGCUGUUCUGGAAGAGGUUCCUUCUCCAGGAAGUCCUCCCUGAUGAGCCCCACUAGGAUCUGUCUCACCCAACACGUGUAGACUCUGGUCACAUGUUUCCUGCAUCCCAACUCCCUCCCCAGGAUGGCAGUACUGUCUCCGGGUAUCGCUAAGGCUAAGAACUGGUGCUAUUUAGCAACACCUAAUGCAGAGCAUGGCUUAUCUGGGCUCACCUUGACUUGAUUGCUUCCUGCUUCUCCCACUCUUCCAGGGCUGACACGAGACCAGAGCGAUGUCUAGGGGGCAUCGUGUCCCUCUUAGGUCCACCAAGAUUGACCAUCUCCCAGAGCAGGUGUUUCCUCCCCUCCAAUCUUGAAUCCAUUUCCUACUUUGCUUGGAGAUGUUUGUUUGGGGCUUUUCUCCUUUACUGCUUUAAUCAGUCCCUAUUGAACUCUGAAGUGGGCUAUUUUUGCCAUCAGAAAUCUGCCGCCUCCCCGCCCGCUGCUUUCUUGGAGUUUGCCCACAGGACCCCCCAGGAGGGAUGGAUGGGAAUGGCAAAGCCGCUCGGAGCCCAGGAACGCCAACGCCACCUGUCAUGUUGCCUGUUCUGCACACCCCCACCCCAAACCUGCGCGUGCACGCAAGCCCACACACGAGCACGUGCACGAACAUGCACACACGUGCCCUGGUGACAGGCAUCAGCAGGGCCACCUCUCAGGCCAUCCCUCCCCAGUUCUUUCCAGGACCUUCUAGAACACCUAUCUAAAUAGAGGCCAGGAAGGAAGGAGGCUUGGUUAUGCAAAGCUUUUGCGGAGACAAUUAAACGGGUCAGUAUAUGCAAAGUAUUUCGGGUGUACCUGGCCCACAGCAAGGGCUCAGUCCUGUGAGCCGUGAGGAGACACAGGUAAGCAAGAUCUAGGCUGGUGGUGGGAUAACCAUGGAGUCCUGACUUCCUUAAGCAGGUUUUCUAAGCCUCCAAAGGGUUCUCUCAUCCACUUCUUGGUAUUAUCCACAUUGCAGCCCCAGGAGUAGAAAAUCUCCCCACCACACAUAUGGGGAAACUGAGACCUGAAGAAGAUGGGGGCGGUAGAAUGAUUCUGAGAUUGGCCCGGCAGGGGGCCCCUCGGGAGCUCCAAAUGGGGAGGGGGCUCUGCACAUUCCCUGGAUGCACAUUGCCUGGCGGGGGUGGGGGGGAUCGAAAACAUAACAUAAGAUCCCCGGACUUGAGGAGUUCGGUUUGGUUCAACUAUUAUGGAGGACUGACUAUGCACAAGGUGACCGAAACUGCCCUGAAUGGCUCACACUGAUGUGGGGGCAGGCCCGGGAUUCACAGCUGGUAAGAGUACGAAUCAGUGCGAGGCUGGGGGUGUGGUGGAGAAGAAACAAGUGCCCGGGGCACCAGAGGCGACAGCAAUGGGUUUGGUCUGAGAAGAUCAGGGGAGGCUUCCUGGAGGUGGCAGGCAGCCUUAGCGGAUUAGGCCUCAAAGCCUGAACACAUGAUGGAGAGGAGUUGGUGGAUGAGGAGGCAGGAGAAGGCGGCAGAAGGCCUUGAGUGUGCAGUCGAUGAGUCUGACAUUCAUUGGGAAGGCAGUGGGGCCCAGCGCCGCCACUGGAGGCCUGGCCCAGGGAUCUAGGCUCAGGCCCCAGCUGCUCCCAGCCCUGGCCUAACACCCCUGUCCUCUGAGAAUGCUCAGGGUGAUGCUCAGGCCUGGGCGUGCAUAUCUAAGCAGGACCUGAGAUCUGCCCAGCCUUGAUGAGAGAGGGUGGUUUGCGGCUGCCCAGUGGGCAAGUUGGUUCCAUGCUUGGCAGAGUUGGACAAGUUGGUGCCGGCUUGGGCUUUGGAUCUGUGUCAAUGUCGCCACCGCCUGCAGACCCUCAGAGGCCCAGACCCCUGACCAGGAGCAGGAGGCAGCUUUGAGCCAUGUCACAGGGUCAUGCGUAUCACCCCACCCCCUGCCCAGCGCCUUUGAAAGGGAGGCAGAAAAGCCACCAGAAGAAAGGCAAGGAGGAGGAACUUCUUUGUAGUAGGUAAAAGCCGCAGAGAAUGGGGCACAGACCGGGGAUCCAGUUUCCUGUUUAUGUCUCAGCACCUUAGCUCCAGGUUCAAAUAUGUAAACUAUCCGGGGGCUGCGGCCUGCAGGUGUGUGUGCUCCCAGGCUGCGGAGGCAGAGGUGGCCCCACAUGCAUUCCUGCCUCUGCCCCCCAUCCAAGAUGAGCCAGGAGACAGAGGCGAAUAGCUCAGGGUUAACCCUUCCAGCGCCACCAAGGAAGCCCAUCUGGCCGCUCUAGGGUGCUCCGGGGCCAGUGGGCCUGGGGGUACUCCGGGGAGGCUGGUGCUUCCUGCUUGCUGCCUCUGACCAUAGAUGCAGCUGGAAGUCUGGGGCUAUCUGCUCCAAGGGGAGCAGAGUCUGAGCUGGGUCUGGAGACUAGGGUGGGGCCUCGGCUGGGGAGGGCAUCUGGAUGAGGCUGUGGGAGCCAGGGUGCAGUUCUGCCUGGCAGUCCUUGAGUGUGAGCAGGAAAGCACUGCUCAUCUCAAGGCAAAGUGGGGCUGUUCCCAGCAACCCAUGUCUUCUUGACACCCCCAGUUCUAGGGUGGGGUACCAUCAGCCAGUGCUGCUGGAUCACUUCAGCCAGGGCUCUGGCUCCCCAUCCUAGACAUCCCUUCUCUCGAGGCCCGGGCUGCUGGUCGACAGGCACCUGGGGGGGGUUUGUCAGAUGAAGGAAGGGACCCAUAGGUUCCUGCAGGCCCCCUGGGCUGCCUGCACUGGGUCACCCUUCUCCCUGUGGCCACUCCUUGUCCAGCCUUCUUUCUCCUUGUCACCUUCUCCCCAGAGGAGGCCCUUCAGAGCUUCUCUGUGGUCAAGCCCCUGCCCUUGGCCCCCUCCCCAGGGAUUCUAGUCUUCUGGGCUGAUGCUAGUGGCCUCUCCUUGCUACACUCACUCCUCUCACUGGGCCUUGGCCUCUCCCUCCAUCCACAACCCACUUGUGAGCCAGUGUGGCCAUCACACUAUUUGUUCUGCUGCUGACGUAGCACGUGAAGCAGGGUGAGCUCCAGAGAACACAUUCCUGGUCUCUACUUCGGGGCCCUGGAGCUGGUUAGCUGCCCUCCCUCAGUACCUGAAUCACAUUCAUUCAGGUACCUGAAUCACAUUCAUUUACCAGCACAGCCCUGGAUAUGAUUUCUGUGGAGGAGACUCAGGCCCACCCCACCCACCACCACCAACUGCAGAGAGGUGAUCGUCAAAGGGUAGGUAGCACAGAGGUCCCUGCCCCGGCCUCCCCUGCUGGGCCCAGUGGUGAGGACCCCCAGUGGUCCCAGCAUCCGUGAGUCCAGGAGAUGCUGGGGCAUUGGCUCAAGCCCUAGCUAUGGUCAGAGAACUGGAGAGGCCUUAACCAAUGAGCAGUUGAACUGGCCUGUGAUAGAAGUGAGAGGCUAAGUGAGGGUUAGGAGUCCUCCUGGAUUCUAGGGGGUCACCAAAUCCCACCCAAAUCCCGCUGCCAAGAGCAAAGACUGAGCCUCUCAGUCCUCGCCGGGGCCGUUGUGUUUGCCUGAUGUCCAUGCUGCUGUGGUCUGUGGCGCCCUCUGUCACUGUCUCCGCUCCUUGGGCUGGACCCCCAAGGCCACCAUCAUGGGCUUGUUCCCUACACCCGCCCCUCAAAUGUGCCUGUUCCCUAGGCCUGGCGCCCUCCCCUGCCAUCUGCUCUUCUGGGCAAGCUCCUCUACUCCGGGGCUCCGACUGUGCUCUCACAUCCAGGGCUCACUCUUCUGCCCAGGGACCUGCCCAGAGCUCCACCCCCAAGACCUGCCUGCCUCCCCCGCUCCUCAACCUGGGAGACCCAAGCCUACCACACUCCCACUCCGACCCACCCCCCAUAUUCCCCUGCCUCUGAGGAUGGCGUCACCAGCCACCCCGGCUCCCGAGCUAGAAUUAGCAAUCAUCCAACGCACAGUCAUCCUCCACACCUCCCUCUCACCCCCACAUGGAAUUGGUCAUCAACUCCUAUGGCUUUUGUCUUCAGAAAGGAUCCCCGCACACCCUUCUGUCAGCCCCCACUGGCGGCAUCCUAGGGAAGACCUGGCAUCUUUCUCUGAUGCCUGAAGCUGCCCCCUCACUUACUCCUCCAUCCCACCACCACCAGCAAGAUGGGGAUCUUGGACCACCCCUGCUCAGAAGCCUUGCAUGGCUAUUGCCCUCAGAUAAAAUGCUGACAUAUUCAAGUGGCCUACGAGGGCCUGCCUGUCCCAGCUCCGCCUCCAUUUCUGCCACAUUCCAACCUGUCCACCAUUGCCCACACCAAACAUGCCGUGCUGGCCAGCUAAUGCUUUUCUCUUCCCCAGCAAGCUUUUUCUGCCCUCUCUCAUCAAAACGCCCAUUUCUUCCUGGCUUCCCUCCCCUGAGAAGUCUUCCUUUCCUGUUCUUUCAUCGGUGCAUGGUAACCCCCAAUGCGUGGUAACUCCUCCCCAGUUGCCAUGGCACUUUGUCUCUCUGGAACCCAUCUGCUUUCCUGUCUGACUCCUCCCCUAGACUUGAAGCUUCUCAAGGGCACGGGCUGGUCUUGUCCAUCUCUGUUUGCCCAGCCUGCUGUAUGGCGUUGGCAGCCGUAAGCAUCCGCUACUUAAGGGCCGACUGAAUUGAAAUGAGAGGAAAAGCCUUAGAUGCCAUCUGUCCCCAAGUGCCUGCUCCUGAGUUGAGGGCCUCGACCACCGCCCUUCCCCGCAGCCUUCCCAUUGCCUGCGUCUCCCCCCUGCUUCCCUCCUACCUGCUGUCCUCAGCUCAGUGGGGAGCUGGAGGAGGGAGCCUGGGUCUGUGACAGCCCCACUGAGAGGAUGAGGUCUCGGUCUCCACCAGGGCCAGUGCUCUCCAGGGAACGGGCCGAGGAGGCUGUGGCCCUGGCCCGUGGUCCUCCACCAUGGUGGUGAGCAGCCUCUCUGAUUUUAAUGCGGGACUCAGUGCUUCAGUGAAAGCCGGCAUGGGAAGUUGCUAAUAAUGGCACUAAAAUAAAAUAUGCUACAUCUGUUAUGGGUAGCAGAACAAAAUUAGCUGCUCACACCUCUGACAUCCAAGAUGUCUUAACUUAAAAUACUCCUUGGCUUACUUUACAUCAUUUACUGAUUAUAUUUAAAAGAAAUACAAUUUUGCAAUUACUGUUCUUUCCAGUGUGAUAUCUAUGCAUCAUUUUCCUUUUAUGUUUAUAUAUUUCUCCUUCAUUAGUGCAGUCUGAAGGGUGAUUAGGAUUCUUCAAACAUUUUACAGAGGUUAAACGUUGAUUAAGAUUUAAUUAUUACUGUAAAUAGCUUGGAAUGACAUAUGGUGCAAAAGCCUGACAUAUGUGCAUUUGAAUAAAUGAAGUGCUAUUUCCCAGGAUGCCUCAGUAGCUGUUUAACAGCUUUCCCGAAGGGUUAUGUUACACCUCAUGGUAAGAUUGCUGGGAUGUUAUAUUUUGUUGGUUUUUGCAGCUGAAAGCUAAGAACAGUUUUCCAGUUUUUUAAAAACAUUGAAUAUUUUAAAUACCUAAAUUGUUUUGCACAAAUUUUUGCUAAUUUGUCUAACUAGGUUAAACAUUUUCAAAAGCAUUUAGAUUUUUAAGCGUGGGCGCUGUGCAUUGUGUCGGGGCAGCAUGGGGAUGAGGGGAGCGGCCGGGGCGGAGAGGACUCGGAGGCCAGCGGGGUGUGCAGGGAGGAGGUGGUUCGAGGGGAGCGGGUGGGGCGGAGAGGACUCGGAGGCCAGCGGGGUAUGCAGGGAGGAGGUGGUUUGAGGGGAGCGGGUGGGGACGAGGCCUGGGCCCUGAGCCUGCUUCUUGCCUCUUUGGCCUUCUCAAGUGGGCUGUGUAUCGGGAUACCAGAGACCACAGGGAGAGGGUCCCUGCCAGUUGCAGUCCACAGUGAAUCCCCUCUUGUCUGGCCUCAGACCUGAGUUCUCCGAAAGCUGGGCCAGGCUAUGGCACCCCCUGCCUGCUCCCCAGGGCUGCCAUGUCUUGAUAUAUAGCACGUACCUGGGACCAGGCUCAGCUGAGCUGACUGGUGCUUCCUGAUUCAACCCAGGGCAGGGGUCAGGCCGGGGCUCCUCACGGAGCCUCCCUCCUGGCUCCCUCAGGUUUAGGGGCUCCGGCAUUCCCACUGGCUCAGCCCCCAGAGCUGUGGGUCAACAUCCGGGCUGCUGUGGGGACUCCCAGGGGACCCCACCCUCCCGGUACUUUCUGCCUUUCUUCUUUCCACUCAUUGGCUCAACACUUGAGAACACCUGCUGUCUCCCGGCCUUGAGGAUGCACGAUGCACAGCAGCAUGCACUCGCUGCCUCAUGGAGCUUGCGAUCUACCGUGGGAAGAGGAGCAGGAGCAAGCAGUCAGCCUCAAAUCAUGUGCUACAAGUGUACAGAGGGAG